AUGGCAGAGGAAGUACAAAUAGCGACCUCCCUGGAUGCAAUCCGCAGCGCUGCCUCGCAGGUUUCUUUUCACGCCACGCCUCUCGAGUCUUCCUCGCCCAUCCCAGCAACCGCGCGCUCGCUCGGCCUUCCAAGGUUCGGCGGCUUGGUGGGGGGAUCGGGAACACGCGGAGGCUGGUCCUUCUUCCGCCCCCCGCGACCCGGCGGCGGCGACGGAAGUGGAGCGACGAGCGGCGGGCAGAGCGGGCAGGGUGGGUUUGGCGCGCAAGGAGGUGGCGGGAUGAGCGGACAAACGGGUAGUGCGGGCGGAGGAGGCAUGGGCGGAGGAGGUACGGGCGGAGGAAGUAUGGGCGGUGGAGGUAUGGGCGGAGGUAUGGGCGGAGGGGGAAUGGGCGGAGGAGGCAUGGGAGGAGGAAGCAUGCGCGGAGGAGGCAUGGGCGGAGGAGGCAUGGGCGGCGGAGGCAUGGGCGGCGGAGGCAUGGGUGGAGGAGGCAUGGGCGGCGGAGGCAUGGGCGGAGGGGGAAUGGGCGGAGGAGGCAUGAGCGGAGGAGGUAUGGGCGGAGGAGGCAUGAGCGGAGGAGGCAUGGGCGGUGGAGGCAUGGGCGGAGGAGGCAUGGGCGGCGGAGGCAUGGGCGGAGGAGGCAUGGGCGGAGGAGGCAUGGGCGGAGGAGGCAUGGGCGGAGGAGGCAUGGGCGGCGGAGGCAUGGGCGGAGGAGGCAUGGGGGGAGGCAGCGGGUCAUCGGGUGGGAGUGCGUGUGGCAACAGCAGCAGCAGCAGGAGCGCCAAGCUCACGAGCAGCAAUGGCAAGAGGUGCGCCCACCUGCUCUGCCACACUGCCUGCCUUGCCACUUAG